AUGGCUGAAGAUAUAAAAAAACAAGUAGUAGAGGCCGUGAAAGAAUCAACAUUUUAUGCAAUACAGUUGGAUGAGAGUACCGAUAUAGCACAAUGUUGUCAACUUUUAGUUUUCGUUCGAUACAUGCAAAACGAAACAAUAAAAGACGAAUUGUUGUUUUCUACAGAAUUAACGACUACCACAAAAGCAAUCGAUAAUUAG